AUGUUGUCGCGCCUGCAAGAUUUUCUGACACGCCAUCGACGUAAAUUCGUUGUAACUGGGGUUCUGGUGGGAGGCACCAUCUAUGCGGCACGUUAUGCGCAGCGCAAGCUCGUGGAGUAUCAGGAGCGGCAGGCGCGCGAGUUCUUCGAACGUUCGCGACGUAUGCACCAUUUCGAGUCGACGGAACGUACCUGCAAUCAGGUGAUACUGGGCAUGGGCGAGGAAAUGUGCCAGGCGGUGUUACACGAGUGCAGCACGGACGAGCUGCUCGAGCAGCUGCGCCAGAACCCUACCAACAAACUGGAGCUGUGGGAGCAAAUGAAAAUUGUAUCAUUCACGCGGCUGGCUACCUUUGUGUAUGCCUCCUCGAUGCUGGUCAUUGCGCUGCGUGUCCAGCUCAACCUGCUGGGUGGCUACAUCUAUCGGGAUAUUAUGACGGAACAGCGGCAAAUAACCGACGAACUAAAACAGCAAUACUUGUCCCUGAUACGCCACUUCAUCACGCACGAUGGCAUCAGGGAUCUGGCGCGAUUUAUACGCAGUCAAGUGGUGGAAGUGCUCAAGUCAAUGCCGCUGACGCGUCAACUGACUUUGGCCGAUACGGAGCAGAUCUGGUCACUGCAAAUGUCCAUCAAUGGCGACACACGAAACGAUCCCAACUCCAAGAUGAGUAAGUACCUGCUGCCAGAUCUAACCCGCCUGCAGGAGAGAUUCAAUUGCUCCCCGCUGCUGCAGCAGAUGUACAACGAGACGCUUGAUCUGCUCGAGAGUGAGGAUUGCGUUGGCGUGUGUGCGCAUAACGUGAGUCGCGGCUUUGUGCUCAGUUGUGAUGCCAUUGCGGAGUCCAUGGGUGACACACUGCAACAUUUGGCGCCCGGUGAGCUGCAGCAGCAGCAGCCCAUUAAUGGCCAGAGCAAACAGAGCAACACAAACAAUCUGCUGGACGUUAAUAGAGUGCUAGUCGCGCUGGCCAAACUAAUACCCAUUAUCAGUGGACUUACAUCGCACGGCUACGACAGCUCUGCGCGGCCACACAAUCUGCCCACCCAGUUGCUUAGCUUCUAUGUGGUAUCGAAAUCGAAAAUGUUGGGCGCGAAUGUUUACGAGACCUUUAGCUCUGGCUAAGCUAUAGCCACAAUAGAUAUAAAUAGUCUAAGCUAAAGACAAUUGCAACU